UAAUUCGUUUCGGAGUGACAGUUGGCUGCUCUCGCCCUCGCCGUCGCCGGCGCCACUCCCCAUCUCACUCCUCUUCCCGGCAACCGCGGAGACGAGCGGGACGCGUCGAAUCACCGGUUGAUCCGCCCUCUUCCGCUCCAUCUGGAUGGGCUCGUACCGAUGCGCCGUCGAUUUGUGCAGGGCACAGCGCUCCAGGUUGUUUAGAUCGGCCUGCGGCGCCGGCGUGAGGUCGGGAGCUGGAUCCAUGGAGGAAGCGAGGCUCGCGCCGUUCCGAAGGGAGCAAGCCACGGCCAGGACACGUAUCGUUUCCAGGUUUGUGACGGAUUUUGUUGAGAUAAGGGCCAAAGAGCCAUCCAUUCAUGUUCUGCUUAUUCCCGGGAAUCCAGGUAUCGUUGCAUUCUACAAGGACUUUGUUGAAGAGCUCUAUGAGAACCUCGGUGGGAAAGCAUCUAUUACAGGUAAGUGUAGUGUAAUUCAUGCAUUUCUUGUAUGGACUAUCUAUGUGGCUUGCUGCUUGCUGAUAGAAUUUCACUAUGCAGCAAUUGGACAUAUUUCGCAUAGUAAAAAGGAUGCAGAGCGUGGACGAUUAUUUUCAUUGCAUGAACAAAUUGAUCACAAGGUCGAUUUCAUUGAGCAAGAAUUCCAACAUUCAGAGCAAUCAUUAGUUUUGGUUGGCCAUUCAAUUGGUGCGUACAUAUGCCUUGAAAUCUUCAAUAGACUUCAGAAGAAGGUAAAAUUUUGUGUAGGACUCUAUCCAUUUUUAACGCUGAACAAGAAUUCUAUAAAGCAAUCAGCUAUUGGGUACAUUGCAAGGUCAUCUUUCCUAUGUAAAGGGGUUAGCUCAUUUGUUUCUUUUAUCGGAUCCUUCCAAGCUUCAGUAACUAGGAGCAUUGUGAGAAGGUUACUUGGACCUUCAUGGUCUGUAACAGCUGUUGAAGCUACAUGCAGUCAUCUCUUAUGGUACCAUACGAUGCGUAAUGUUCUUUUCAUGGCAAUGACAGAAUUCACGAAGCUAUCUGAAGAACCGGACUGGAAUUUCAUCAGCGCAAAACAGGACCAGAUUGCAUUUCUGUUUGGUGUUGACGAUCAUUGGGGUCCACUUGCACACUUGGAAGAGAUCUCGAAGCGUGCUCCUGGGGCUGCCUUGUCGGUCGAAACUGAAGGCCAUACACACGGCUAUUGCUGCACGGAAGCUGGAUCAUUUUGGGUUGCAGACUACGUCGCUAAUUUGAUUAAAACCCAAUUUCUGACCAGAAACUGAUGGUGGAAAUUGUACUCAAUCUUCUAUUCUCCAAAGGUAGAGAGUAACAAUAAUAAUAGUGUAAAUUAUGCUCAACCUUCUCUUCUCCAAAGGUAGAGAGUAAUAAUAAUGAAAUGAUCAGCAACAAUCAAUGGCAUCAAUCACGGUCGUCGUUUGUCUGAUCACUUGGCAAUCGCACAUGUUUACCCUGAAUUUCUACGUUGUCUGCUGCGUAUGCCUGUUGUAUUCAAAACGUCAAACUACUCCUGUUAAUCCAUUUUAUAUUAAGGAAAGCUUGAUCUCAACUCGAUCUUUUUUUU